CUAUUAAACCCAAAAUUUGCUUCUCAUUUAUCUUUUAAAUCCACCCGCUUCAUGAAAGAGUUUUGGUCUCUAAACCCAUAAGUUCUUGCCCUACUUACUUUGAAAUUCACCCACUUUCAAAAUUACUCUUAGACCUAAAAUAUUCCAUCAAUUUUUUUUUCGUCGUAUAAUCUACUCUUAGCAUUUCUCUUCUAACAAUAUUAUUCUAACAGUGCCUACUCCAACUCCAAUUGCUUGCAGGCAAAGACUCCCAUAGACACCUACAAAUCCCCCGACAACAAGCACCGAACCUUUUACUUCCCAUCUCACAACUUCACUCUCAUGGUCAUCUGGACCGAAUUCUUCGUCGACUCAAAAGAAAUAAACACCAACGGUACUCUUUCAAGCACGGUAAACCUCGACAGAAUAAAUCCAAUCUGGGCCAAAAAACUCCAACAAGCAAGCUACGCAGUUAUCAGCCAAGGCAACUGGUUCGGUCGAAAAACCUACAUCAACAGGAAACACAAACCAAUAGGUUGCGUUAACUGCGAAGGUGAAAAUAUGACUAACAUUAGAGUUCCAUCUGCAAUCAGAAUGGUUUUUAAAGCGGCAUUCAAGUUCAUAAACAAAUGCAAAAAAUGCGAAGAUUUAGUCACCGUCAUGAGAACAUACUCCAUGGGUCAUUUUGAGGAUGGAUCGUGGUUAAAUGGAGGCUAUUGCAACAGGACUCAGCCUUUGAGAGAAGGGGACUUGCGAAAGGAUCAUGAAGCUUGGGAGAUAAGGAGAGUUCAGUUGGAGGAGAUGGAGAGAGCCAAGAGAGAAGGAAAUAAGAGGAUUGAGUUGUUGGAUGUGACCAAGGCUAUGAUGUUGAGGGCUGAUGCGCAUCCGGGAAGGCAUUGGAUGGUUAAGGACACUAAUGACUGCUUGCAUUGGUGCUUGCCGGGGCCUAUUGACAUGUGGAGUGAGCUUUUGUUGGAGAUACUCAAGAAGAAGUCAUGAUUUAUGGUGGAUUGAUGGAAUUGUAAUAAGAUUUUUUUCCCCCUUAAUUGACGCUAGAUUUUUUUUGUUGAUUAUACAAAGAUCAAGUGAA